AAAUAAAAACUCACUUAAAUCGGUAGAAAUCGAUCAUACAUGUGCAGUAACUUACUAACAUGUCAACUAUUUGUUUUUAAAAAGCAGAAUUUACGAGCUCUUAAACGAGACGUUUAUCCCUUAUUCAACGAGAGCGGAAAGAUGGGGUAAAACUUGAAGUAACCAUUAUGAAAGUUGAAGACAAAAUACAAAUUCUCCGAUUCUUUUUGAUGGUUUUCAAUGGAGUGUUCCUGGUUCUGGGUUUCUUGCUUCUAGGAAGUGGACUUUGGAUUUUGUUUGACAGAAAUAGUUUUAUCACAUUAAUACGAGCUGAGGAUCAACCUAUUGAACCUGUAGAAUUUGUUGCAACCUGUCUUCUUGUAAUUGGCUUUGUAGUUGCAGUUGUCUGCUUCAUAGGUUGUUUGGGUGCUUACAAAGAAAUAAGAUGCCUUCUACUAAUGUAUUUGAGCUGUUUGAUCAUAAUAGUUUCUGGCCAGAUUCUUAUCACUUUUGUACUAUUAAUAAAUAAAAAUAAGAUUAAUGAUGUCCUAGAGAAGGAAAUUCACCUUAUGAUUACAACUUAUGGGGGAAAUGGCACCACAGAACCUGACAACAACAAAAAUGAAUGGAAAAUUCUGGAUGCAGUGCAACACAAUCUGGAAUGCUGUGGAAUAUACAACUUCACAGACUGGCAGAUAAAUGGCUACAUUGCAUCACUUAAUGAUUCCAGUGUUUAUCCUUGCUCCUGCUUUAAUAUUACAACUUCAAGUAUAUUUUGUUCUGAAACUGAACAGAAUCUACACCUUUACAAAAAGGGCUGUGGAAAAGAAAUAGAUGACUGGCUGUCAGAGAAUAUCUUUGGAAUUUUGAGCAUUGGCUUAGGACUCACCAUAAUUCAGAUCUUCCAGUUCUUUAUUGGCGUUCAUUUGUUUAGAAACAUUGGAAGAAGAAUAUAGCAGACUAUAUUGCAUGUUAAUAAUUUUUAUCAGAGGAUUGAUCUGCAAGCAAGACUGCAUCAUCAGACUGCUUAAGACAAACCAGGCGUUGUCACAGAAAACUAAAAAUAAAAACAUCAUAGUAACGGACCUGUAAGGCUUAAGGAAAAUAAAACAUUACUGCUAUUUUGUGUAAAAUCUUAUUUCUUUGGAAUAAAACUAAGAAUAUUGAAGAAUA